AUGGCUCGUGGCCUUCUCACCAUCUGCGUCAGCGCCCUUUUGGCCGUCGCCGGCGCAGUCACUCCCGCCGACACGGUCUUUUACAAUGGAAACAUCUACACCAUGAACCCCUCCAACGACAUGGUCACCGCCAUGGCCGUGCGCGGAGGCAAGAUCGAGUAUGCUGGAGACAAGAAGACCGUGCACUCGUACAUUGGAAAGAAGACAAAGGUGAUUGACCUCGAGGGCCGUAUGGUCAUGCCCGGACUGGUGGAUUCUCACAUGCACCUCAUUUCGGGAGGUCUCUUCCUUCUAAAGUGCGAUUUGAGCUAUCAGACUUUGACGAUUGCACAGGUCCUGGAGCACAUUCAGGGCUGUAUUGAUGGCGAAACCGGCAAGGGUGAUGAUGAUUGGAUCGAGGUCGUCAACAUGGACUACGCGGGCCUUGUGUCGAAGAGCGGAAACGUUGGAAAGGCUCAGCUCGACAAGCUCAGCACAAAACGACCUGUCAUCAUCCGCUCAAGCGAUUACCACACUAUCCUCGCCAACUCCCGCGCGCUUGAACUCUCAAAGAUUGAUGCUAGCACCAAGGAUCCCGCAGACGGCAAGAUCGUCCGUCUUCCCGGAAGUCAAGAGCCUGCUGGUCCCCUCCAAGAUGGCGCUUCUAGCCUUCUCGCUGGUCCUCCUCCUCCCACAGAGGCUGAGAACCUUGAGGCUGGUCGUGCCGCCCUCAAGCUCCUGCGCGAAGCUGGUAUCACUACAUUCCAGGAUGCUGCCGCUGAUGAGGGACAUCACACUGUCUUUAGUGCCAUCAAGAAAGAAGAUGGUCUUUCGGCACGCGCUUACUUCGACUAUCGUAUUGAGGCUCCCAGCUCAGUUGAUGGGGUAUCUGGUCUCGUCAAAAACGUCACCAAGCAAUUAAAGUCCUGGAACGACAAGUCUGUCGUCGGACCCAAGCCUACCCUCAAGUGGCAAGCCAUCAAGGCUUUCAUCGACGGUGUCAUCACUUACCCCUCCAACACCGCCGCUCUCGUCGACCCGUAUUGGGCCCCUGCCAACGCCUCCAACGAGAACAGCACCUGGGCCCCCGACAAGAAUUCAUUGAACGACCCCUACUGGAAGCCUGCAGUACUUACCAAGACCAUUGAACAACUCUUCCUGGCUGGCAUCGACGCCCAACUCCACGUCGACGGUGAUCUUGCUGUGAAGGUUGGUCUUGACGCUGCCGCGGCGUUCCGCAAGAAGCACCCUGGCAAGGACGUCCGUCUCGGUCUAGCCCACAAUGAGCUUUCGCUGGAGAGUGACUGGCCUCGAUAUGCCAAGCUCGGUGUUGACCCUAUCGUCAGCUACCAGUGGUCGCAGCUCAGCUCAUUCUACAUCCCCAACACAUUCAACUCUCUUGCCGAGUAUCGCAUGGACAACCUCCAAGCGUGGGCACAAUUUGAGAAGCGAGGUCGCCCUCUUGUGUACGGAAGCGACUGGCCUAUUGAUCCCCUUGACGAGUUCCUUGCUCUCAAAGUCGCAGUCACACGAUCAGGUGACCCUAAAAAUCCCAACUCGCCAGCCUCUCAGGGUCCACCCUUCGACGGUGUCUUUCCUGGCAGCGGCAUCUCACGCACUUCGGCACUUCGAUCCAUCACGAUCAACGGUGCACGCUUCCUUCGCGCCGACAAGCAGAUUGGAUCACUGGAGAAGGGCAAGCUAGCCGACGUCAUCGUUUUGGAAAACAACUUUUUCAAGGUCCCCGAGGCGGAGCUUGGUCGGCAGAAGGUGUUGCUCACCAUGGUAGGUGGAGAGGUGCUCUAUGUUGCAAAGGGUCAUGACUUUGGCGUCAAGGCCAAGUUUCCCAACGAUGAUGAAGCUAGCGGCAAGUUGGCUCGUCGCACCAUUGGCGGUUUCAACGCCAACGAUCUGUCAGAGGAGGCAAAGACGGAUGCUGCCAAGCUACGAAAGAGGGGCGAAUGUGUUCACAAGCACUAA